UGUAUGAGAUCCAGAGGGACAAGCUGACCAGUCAUAACGGAAGAAAGACACUCACAUCACACAGCUACACCACCAAGAAGGAUCAUCAACACGCCGUCUGUGGACAUCUGACUGCUUGAAAAUACAUGCACAGGUGGGGAAGACGGGCACUCACCUCAUCAACUCACAAUCACUCGACGUACUGAAUGACUGUUGGGAGAUCUGACUUUUAUUCAGCGAGAACUCAACACUCAGCAACAAGAAAAGUCGCUCUAAAGUUCCUCCAGCGACCAUGGCGUCAACAGGUCUUCAGCUGCUGGGCCUGGUGUUGGCUGUGCUGGGCUGGGUGUGUGGGGCGUUGGUGUGCGCCGCUCCUCUGUGGCGCGUGUCCGCCUUCGUGGGUGGAGAGCUGGUGAUUGCUCAGGUGCUGUGGGAGGGACUCUGGAUGAACUGCUUGUCUCAGACCACAGGCCAGAUCCAGUGCAAGACCUACGACUCCACCCUGGCCCUCCCCAUGUCGGCCCAAGCCGCCAGGGGCCUCACCGUUCUCUCCCUGCUCCUCUGCCUUCUGGCCCUCAUCCUCGGGGUGGCAGGGGCCAAGUGCACUCACUGCAUGGGUGACGGUAACCAGGCCUCCAAGGCCCGGCUGGGUAGGAUAGCCGGGGUGUUCUACCUUGUGGCUGGCCUGGCCUACAUGAUACCCAUCUGCUGGACUGCCCAUGCAAUCAUCCGGGACUUCUACGAUCCGAACGUUGCAGCACCUUUAAAGAGAGAGCUGGGCCCGGCGCUGUACCUGGGCUGGGGGGCCUGCGUGCUGCUCCUGGUGGGGGGCGCUCUGCUGCAUGUCGGUUCUUCUCCACCAGGUGGAAGAACGCUGCCCGUUUCCGCAGGAGCAGCGAAGGACAACAUACAUGCAGGCGCAGCAGGAGAGGUGAAGCAACAGGAAAAAUCUUUUGUAUGAGAUCAUUUUAUUGGACAUUUGAGGUACAAACAAACAUGGCGGCCACAACGUCGUCAGAUGAGCGUGUGGAACCUGCAAAGUCACAAUCUGUUGGAGGAUAUUCAGCCUGUACUGCAUUUUAUAUCUUCUGAUGCAGAGUUAGUAUACGUUUCUUUAAGUUAUAAUGUGGAUUUCAUUACAUGUUGGUAAAUGAUGGUUUUACAUUUAUUAAUACAUUUACAUGACAAACCUCUAAUAGAAUUUCCAUGACUGAAUGGCUUUCUGUCAGAGUGGGAGCUGACAUGAACAGUGGGAGGAUUUUAGAUGUUUAGAGGUUGACUAAUGUGUGUGACUACAUUUCUCAAAUUCCACUCUGCCUCUGCUAAUGAGUGUGUGUGUGUGUGUGUGUGUGUGUGUGUGUGUGUGUGGGUGGAUUGUGUACAGAAGACCAGUGUAGAUUGUAUAUCUGCGUGUGCUGGUGUGUUCACUGAAAAAAUGUGUGGGCAGUCAGAGCCGAUGUUUGUUUAUUUACUUUUUAUGGAUAUUUGGGGAUUUUCCAAACAAAUUUAUUCUUCGUAUUUUAGCUUUCCUUUUUCAUUUAUUUGUUUUAUGACCUUUUAUUUUUAAUGUGGUUCUGCAAUAUAUAUUUGUACUACUGUAUACGUUUUGAUUGAUGUCAGUUGUAAACACCCCUCUUAUCCAAUAUUCAGAGCUUGUUUCUUUGGCCUACUUAUGAGAAAUAAGUAUCAUUGUUUAUGUUGCAUUAU